AUGUCCACCAUCAAAGGCAAAGCUAUCGCCAUUACAGGCGCGGCCUCAGGUAUUGGCCGCGCCACGGCAACCCAGCUCGCGUCUCUCGGCGCUCGACUGUCUCUCGCCGACGCCAAUGCAUCGCUUCUUGAAGAGGUCAGAGCUGAACUGGCAGAAGUCGCCGGCCCAGAGAAUAUUCACUCGAAGCAGGUUGAUGUGCGAGACCGGGGAGCCGUUGAAUGUUGGAUCCACGAAGCUGCUGAUAAGUUCGGCCAGCUGGACGGCGCAGCAAAUCUGGCAGGCGUAAUUGGAAAGCAGCAGAACAUAGCUUCCAUUGCCGAAAUCGAUGACGAUGACUGGGAGUUUGUUAUGGGAGUUAACAUCAAGGGCGUAUUGAAUUCGUUGCGGGCACAGAUCCCAGCACUGAAAGACGGCGCCUCUGUGGUCAAUGCUGCAUCGGUGGCAGGAAUCAUCGGCUUGCCGAACAGCGCUGCCUAUGUCACAAGCAAGCAUGGUGUUGUCGGUUUGACAAAGACGGCUGCGAAGGAGCUCGGGUCGAGACACGUGCGGGUCAAUGCAGUUGCUCCGUGA